UGUCUUCUGUUUUCCUGUGUUUAAGGGGGGAGCCGGGUUAUCUCCGAUUAGCUCCGAUUACACACUUUCACUGUCCCUUCAACGGUUCCCUUUCAGAGUAGGAUGAACGGCAAAAAAACAACAUGCCAGUGUCUGAAAGUGUCAAGGUGGCUGUCCGUGUGAGGCCUUUCAAUAAGAGGGAGAAGGAUGCUGGUAGCAGAUGCAUAAUAUCUAUGAACUCAAACAUCACUACAAUAUAUGAUCCUCGAAAUGCAGAGCACAAGAAGACAUUCGUCUUUGAUUACGCUUACUGGUCGCACAGUGGAUUCAGUAGGAAUGAAGACGGCCUCUUUGUUCCAAGUGAGCAAAGCAGUCGGUAUGCAGAUCAGACAAAGGUGUACAAUGAUCUCGGCAAAGGAAUGCUCGACAAUGCAUUACAAGGCUAUAAUGCCACCUUGUUAGCUUACGGACAGACAGGCUCUGGAAAGAGCUAUUCGAUGAUUGGCUACAGAGACAACAAAGGUAUCAUCCCAAAUGUCUGUCAAGAACUCUUCAAAGCCAUUAAGGAGAACCAGGAUGACAACAGACAAUAUCAGGUUUCCUUUAGUAUGCUGGAAAUCUACAACGAGCAGGUGAUUGAUCUGCUUUCUAAAAGCAAGUCAUUUGUCAGCCUGAAGGUACGUGAAGAUCAACACCGCGGCUUCUAUGUGGAAGGGCUCAAAUCAGUGCCUUGCAAAAGCCAUGGCCAAAUGGAGAGGUUGAUGGAGCAGGGAAUCCGCACCAGAACCACUGCAUCCACCAACAUCAAUGCCAGUAGCAGCCGCUCACAUAUGAAUAUCACCAUCAGGAUUAAACAGAUCUUUUCAAGAGAAAAUACAACAAAACAGUCAAACAUUAAUUUGGUGGACCUGGCUGGCAGUGAAAGACAAAGGUCUUCUGGAUCAGAAGGUGACCGACUGAAGGAAGGAACAUCUGUCAAUCUCAGCCUUACGACACUGGGUAACGUAAUUAGUUGCCUGGCAGAUGCAGCAAUGGGGAAAAAAGUGGUGCACAUUCCUUACCGAGAGUCAAUUUUGACAAAACUGCUGCAGCCUGCACUUGGUGGGAACAGCAAAACUAUCAUGAUUGCUACUCUCAGCCCCGCAGACAUUUGCUUUGAGGAAUCCUUGUCCACCCUACGUUAUGCUGAAAGGACCAAGAAAAUUCAAAACAAAGCUGUGAUCAAUGAAAGUCCAACAGAACGCCUCAUCAAGGAACUCAAGGCAGAUAACGCCAAACUACUGCAGAAAUUAGCCCGAAUGGGGCAUGAAGGAAGAAAGGCAGAGAAUGAAACAAAAGAACUCCGUCAGCUACUAACUCAUAAUGAAAUGCAGAUUCAAGCCAUUCAGACACUUUGGGAGCAACAUCUCCAAGAGGCCCUGCGAGACUGGGAGCAGCAAUAUGCAUUGAUCUCACAGGAGAGAAGAAUGAUGCAGACCUUUCCAUACAUUUUAAAUAUUAAUGAAGACCCUCAGCUUUCUGGAGUCAUUAAAUACUUCAUCCAAGAUGGAGAAUGGGAUAUCGGGCUCGCAGACAGACACCCAAAUGCCAUUACAGUGAAGGGUCUGGGUAUUUUAGACAAGCAUGCAACAUUUACAAAUGCUGACAGAAGAGUUACCUUGAAGCCUGACGCCGAGGCCAGGGUGAUUGUGAAUGGAGGUCUCAUCUACAAUAAAAUUGAGCUCAGACAUUUGGACCGGAUUAUUUUAGGGUCCAACAGCACCUUUCUGUACAUCAGCUUUCCAUGUGACCGCAGUGACGAUGACUGGAGUCGCUAUGAUUAUGAUUUCUUCCAGUCAGAAGUUGCAAGGGCAGAAGGUUUUGAUCUUGAAAAACUUGGAAGCACAAAUCAAGUGGAUGGCACAAUAAAUCCAAGCAUACUGGCUGUAUUUCACGAUUACAUAAAGGUGAUGCCCAUGGUGGCAGAAGCUAAUCAGAUGAGCCACGAUUUGAAAAAGGCCAUGGAAUUUAAGUUAGAGGUCAAAAACCUGGCAAUGUCUGACUCCAAAGGCCACGACUUGGAAAAAGAGAUAAUAAUCAAAGUGACUCAGAAACUGAGCCAGCAGGUUUGGGUUUGGUCCAAAGCAAAAUUCAUCAACAGAAAGUUUCUUAUCGAGGACCUGUACCAGAAACACUUGGAAGGGGCAGAUGUCAACGUGGACAGAGAGAAAGACCCAUUCUGGGACCCGGUGGUCUGCAUUCACCUGGGCAGAGCUCACAUUUGGCUGCAGUCGCUUGCUUUCUGCAUUCAACUUGAGGAGCAGGUAGAUGUCCUAAAUUCAGAAGGCGCUGAAGAAGCCAUCUUACAAGUCAGCCUAAUCCCAUGCACCGCCGCUGGACAACCCCUUGAAGAGGAUGACAUAAUAAUUGAGCCAACCACAAUGCUGGGUAGAAGAUUUGAUUUUCAGGUACACGUAAUCCAGUGCUGUGGGGUAAAAUGGCUUAAGGAAAACAGAGAGCGAGGAAUUCAGAUUGGGUACCAUAUGUAUGAUCUUCCUGACGCCAUCUACACAACACCUGUUUGGCAUGACUUAAACCCAGUUUUACAGCAUAAGACCCAAUUCUCCACCCUGAGUAUGUCCCAGGAUUUCCUGAACUACCUCCAGACAAAUGCAUUACUGGUGGAUCUGUGGGGCCUUCAAGAGGGGUGCACGCCAAUGGCCAGUGAUCAGAAAACUCUGGCAUUCACAGGGGAUGACAGUGUUAUCAUUGACAAGACAGACCUCUCUGGAGAUACAGAAACACAGGCACUGCAAAGGCCUGAACUUCACAGUAAAAUUACAAAGCUGGAGGAGGAACUCCGACUUCAGAGAAACAUCAAUGAGAUUCUGAGAAAAGAAAACGCUGCUUUAAAGGAUUAUUUGAGAAGCAUAGAUUCAAAAAAAUCUGCAAAUCCAAACAUGGAUUCUGCUAAUCACAGCCAGUGUGCUACCCAGUUACCUUCUACCCCGAAAGAAGCCACCAGGAAAAGUAAUGUAAGGACAAGCUACGAUGCUGAAUUCGCUAAAGCUCUCAAGAUCUUCUAUCAAAGCAUGAACCGAGUGCGUGGACAGCUUCACAGCUUACUGCACCACCGACUAAAUGAGGAAGACGAUGGAUUCCAAAACCUUCAGAGGUACAGCGAGGAGCACAGGAAGAAGAUGAAAGAAUUUGGAGACCAGCUUGAUGCUUGCCUCAACAAACUAAAGCAGGAUGUAGCAGCCAUAGUGAAAAAAAAGCGUGAAGAAUCUGGAGUGUGAUAACUUCUUAUGACCCACUAACCAUAAACGAUAAAAGGGGAACAAUCAGCAAAUUAUUAACGUUUUUUUUUGUUUUUAUAGGUUCACGUUUCAGUUGUAUGAGAUUAGGGUAAAUUUAUGUUCAUAUAUCAGUGAAGCUCCCAAGUAUUUUAUAUUGAUAAAAUCCUCUGCGGAGAAUUUGUUUCCAUUGAAUUGGCUUCAUAGACUAAAUUAAAUACAAAUCAAUCUGGAACAUCUCAUUAAAUUCAGAUUUGUAUCUGUAUUUAUCAAAUGCUUGAGAGUAGGAAAAUUGCCCCAAGUGGUUAAAAAUGUCGAGUGAUGCAAAUUUGGUUGUACUCUUAAAAUUAGGAGCAUUUAUGAAAGUACCCCAAACUUCACCAGGAGUUAGGAAAGCUUGAGUUUUCUAGGAGCUAAUAGAAGAUGGCAUUUAGACAUCGAUCAGCACAUACAUUUCAAGAAACGUGAAAUGGUUUAGAAACGCUGGACAACAAUGAACUUGUAAAAAGAUGUCGAUCUGACAGAGAUGGAAUAGUAUUGGUAACAAAUUUUGUACAUCACAUGAGUACUACAUCUAUGUGAAGAAGCCUUGCAGUCAACUGAAAUGAAAAUGUUGGUAAUGUUACAUGUUUUGGGCACAGAAACAAUGCACCAUUGCUUGGGUAUGUCACAAACAAUUUCUCGAAUUUUGAAACAAACUUUGAACACCCUUACAAUAUGUGAGUUAAUACACUGAUUUAUAAAUUUCACCACCACUCCAUAUGAGGAAAUGUUAAAACAGACUGCAUUUAUGCAAAUCACUGGCUUUCUUGGAGUUGUUGGUAUGAUUGAUGGCACACAAAGGUCACUGGAACGAAGCACAAGGGGCAUCACAGUACCAACACAGAGGUGGUCUGUAUUAUAUAGCUAGCAUAUUACUCUGAAGAUAGGCAGGGCUGGAUGGUUGACUGGCACCAAAGUGUCUCAGAGGUUAAAAAUAAAUAAAUAAAUAAAUAAUAAUAUUUGCAUUUAUAUAGUGCUUUUCUCACAACUCAAAGCGCUCAGCAAUUGCAGGUUAAGGGCCUUGCUCAAGGGCCCAACAGAGCAGAGUCCCUUUUUGGCAAUUGCCAGUGGAGAUCCUUACACUGACUUCAGCAUUCCAUAACCUCCUUGAACUUUCAUGUUAUACUUUACAAGCUCAGGAAGGUUAAAAAAAAAAAAAGCACGUGGAGAUUCCCAGGGCAUUAGAUAAAUAAAGCAUCACAAAAGAUAUGGGGAGAGGUGCACAAUACACGACACUAAAAGACGAUCUGGAAUGCUGGCAGGGUAAACACGACUUCAGAAACAGAGCCAAAAUGACUGUGGCUAGUUGGUGUUCUGUGGCUGUAACAGUGUAAAAAACUGAUUCUUCUAAGAGUACGGCUGUGGAUCAUUUAGUGUUAAAUGUUUCCAUUAUCCGCCUACACCUUCAUUUGGUGUGUGUGCCUCAGUGUUCGUUAUCUCAUUAUUUUUCAUACUGCAGUGAAGUGGCAACAGUUAAGUGCAGUUCAGCACAAUAUCCUACCUUAAUAUAUUUUCCUCCUUUCUUUCCUACUACUUUGAACAUUAUUAUUAUUAUUAUUAUGAAGUUUGCAGCAAAUCCUUACAGUUAGUAUCAAAAAAUUAUGAAACAUUGACUUGGGGUGCCAUAAAAACAUAAUGUCAUUAAUUCCCAAAUGUGAACUCUUAUUCCUCACUGGAGUGGGGUAGGAUGCUUUCUAACUACUUUUAUGAUGUACUCUGAGGUAGGAUAACAUUUUUAAACCUAGUCAGACUUUAACUGCAAUUCCUAGGAGCAAUUCUGACAGACACUUUUUUUUUUUUUAAAUAAACAAGACAUUGACAUUCCGUUCCCACCAAUUCGAAAAGCAAAAAGCAGCACAGGAUUCAAUGUAAAAUAACCACUUAAAGAUAAUGGGGUAUCUCAAGCAUCACCAGAUCUUCAGUAUGAUUAAUUUAUUACUUAAUUAAGAACAUUAA